GCCCCGCGCAGCGGUGGUGGAUAUCUUCGCACGACACGACCUCAAAGUCGUGUGGGCCAAUGAGGAUCAUGCCUGGCACGACUGCGAGAAUGCCACGGUUCUUGUCACGGUGAAGAGGCGUGUGGACGAGUCGAUGCUCGCAACUUUGCCGAAGCUCCGACUGGUGGCCGUAGCUUUCACAGGCUAUGACCAUGUGGAUCUGGAGGCGUGCAGGCAGCGGGGUGUGAAUGUGGCCAACGUACCAGGCUACUCCACAGAUGGCGCUGCAGAGCUCUGCUUUGGCCUGAUCUUUGCACUGCUGCGCCACAUUCCAAUGGCCCACCA